AUGCCUAGAAUCAAAUGGGAGAAACUAGCUGAGAAUGUUGCAACACUUCCCGGAGUUUGGGCUUAUCCUAUCGAUAUCAGAAUUAACAAUAAAAACUUUAAAUCAAAUUUUAUCUUUCUUUCAUGUAUUAGUAAUAAAGUUAAGAAUGAUUUAUACCGUGGGAAUGUUUCCAAUAAAUAUGCAUUCAAUUGCAGCAUCAAAGAUCAGAAAACAUAUGAAAUUCUUGAAGAUCUUUUUCUUGGUCAAUUAACAAACAAUAAUUUGACCGAUAGCAUUAAUACUGAUUUAUUUCAAUUUGCUCUUUCAAUUGAAUGUCAGGAUUUAAUUGAAUUUUAUUAUGAAAAAUUCGAACUUUCUAACUUUUCACUAGAAAACUUCGACAAGAACAUUAUUUAUUGCAAGUAUUGCGAUUACAAAGAUGAAUUUAUUACAUUUGUUUCACAAAACAUUGCUAACAUUGGAGUACCAAAGUUAGUUGAAGUGUGUAAUUAUUUAGGAUAUAAUUUUGCAGAGAAUAUUAUCAGAUCCUGCCUCAAACAAUCAUUAGAUUUUAAUGAAUUUAUUUCUUCUUUAAUUGAAAGUAAUUCAUUAUUCUUCAAUUUGAUUCUUAAUAUUGAUUGUUCAAAAUUGUUUAUCGAAACAAAGAUCAGAAUUGUCAAUUGCUAUAUAAAAGCAAAGAUUACAGAUGAGACAAUUUCUCAAUACAUCAUAUCUUAUCUCCCAACAAUUACUCAUGAAUGUCAUUUUUCAAAACAAGAAAAUGAUAAGCUGAGAAAAGAAACAGAAAUUUCAAAACAGGAGAUAGAUAAGCUGAGAAAAGAAACAGAAAUUUCAAAACAGGAGAUAGAUAAGCUGAGAAAAGAAACAGAAGUUUCAAAACAAGAAAUAGAUAAACUGAGAAAAGAAAAUGAAAUACUGGCAACUCAUAAUUAUUCUGGAAAUCCAUACGAUGGAAUAUUUUCUUAUUUAAGAAUGAGAAACAAUGGUCAAAAUCCGCUUGAUUGUGGUGCAGUAUCUGUUUCAACAUCACAAGGAAACGGUGGAAAUAAUUCUGAUUUAUUUGAAUAUACAAAGAAAAAUCAUCAAUGGUAUUUGAAAGAAAUAGCAAACAAUUCAGUUUCAUUUGAUUUCAAGGAUAAAAAAGUUUCUCUUUCUGCUUAUACAAUUAAAUCGCGCGAUGGAGAGAGUUAUUGGGAGUAUCCUGUAGAUUUUGCAAUAGAAGGAAGUAAUGAUUUUACUCAAUGGGAAAUGAUUGAUGAUAAGCCAAACAACACCGAAAUGGGUGGGAACGAUAAAGUUCAUACAUGGUUUUGUUCUCAAUCACCAUUUUAUCGUUAUAUCAGAUUUAGAUUAAAAUCCAUUCAUAGUUCUGGUGGUUUGUUGACAGAUCAUUUUGAAUUCUUUGGAAAAAUUAUAUAA